AUGGCGUCGAGCGAUGAGGAGUCGAUCCCGCAGAUGCUGGAGGCCGAGUAUUCCGAGACCACGACGCCCGUGCCGGGCACGACGAUGGACGAGCAGGAGGCGGGCGGCGUGCACUUCGGCGGCGAGAUCGGCGUCAAGGGCGAGCUCUACCUCAGCGUCGACAAGGACGAGUACCGAGCUGGAGACUUGGUCACUGGCCGCAUCACAGUCCUCGUGAGCGAGCCACUGCAAUGCGGAGCGUUGGUGUGCACCAUUGUCGGCGAGGAGAUCGCUCAGUGGAAAGACGGCGGCGACCACCACUCGCGAUGUCACCAGAUCCUCCGUCAAGAGGUGGUGCAUAAGGACCUGUCGAAUCCGUACGACAUUGGCGAGUACAUCUACCCUCUCACUUACACGCUGCCGGCCGACUUACCGGGAGUUCUGAACGUGCAGCCGCUGGACGGAGACGUAGCUGCGCUACACGCCACUAUCAAGUACACUGUCACGGCGACGAUCAAAGUGCAAGGCCGCUUCGUCUCGGACCUUGAAGCCAGCACGGACGUCGUGGUUCGUUCGAAUCCACAGCCGCCAGUCGAAGUCCAUUCGGUCGAGCGCACUGUGUCGAAGGCGCUGCGGUGGUUCGGAUGCUUAAGUCGAGGAACGUCUCACCUCGCGAUGUCCAUGCCUCGAGAUGUGUUCACGUUGGGCGAGAGCCCCAUCGUCGAGUGCUUUGUGAACAACCACACUGCGUCCGUUGGUGUUGACCAGGUCAGGGUCCAGCUUAUCCAGAAGGUGACGCUGCGCCAUCCCAAUGGAGAUGAAGACACCUGCGCACGGCCGGUAGCAGAAGCCAAGUGUCCAGGACCAAAGCACGGCGAUAUGCUCGAAUGCCCAGUGCAACUCAACCUGGACGAUCAAGUCCACUUCCCAUCGACGACGGGUAGCUUCCUGAGCUGCUCGUACACGGUCGCUCUCGUCUGUGAGUACUCGAUGCUGAUCGCCCCCGUCAGAAUCGAGCUGCCAGUCACAAUUCUGCCUCCAGCUCGGACGUCCAGCGUUGGAUCAACGCUCACUGAUCUGGCAGCUUCCAUGAUGUCUACCACAUCUGAAGCACAAGGCCCCUCACUAUGCUUGGAUGAGGCCUGCGCUGCACCGAAACAUACAGACCAAGCCGCCCCCGUUAGAAGAUCAUUAUAA